CAAAUGUGCAUCUCGAGGGAAUGAGUGAACAAAGAAAUGUAAGUUCAAAAAGUGAGGUACAGCCUGAUCGAGGGAUAGAAAUUGCCAUUUCGUACCUCCACGAUUUACAUCAGCUGAAAUCAGAAAUAAGUGAAGGAGAGCGUGAGCAAUUGGACAAGCAAGAUUCAGAAACGCUGUCCCACCUGACUUCAACUGUGCCUUCAGGAUCAUCACUUUCAAGCUUGGAGACUGACUUUGACUUUGAGCAAUAUAAAACAUCUCAUACAUCCCCAUCUUUGAAAUUCUAUGAGCUCGAUGCAGGUAUGAUGUCCAACCUGUCAUCUUUGCAAUCAUCGCGUUCAAGUCGGGAGACUGACGUGGAGAAAGGCAAAAUAGGUCACGCAUCCCCAUCAUUGACAUCCUACAAGAAAUACUCAAUAAAACGUCCUGAGAGGAAGGAAAAGCAAGAUGAAACAGCAGCGAGUUCCACAGAACCUUCACUUUCUCAGAAUGUGGACAUUCCGAGGCCCCGAGGAAAAGACAAGGACAUCUCAGAGGAAGAUCAGCGUUUACCCACAAUAGACUUGAAUGUGGACAUUCCGAGGCCCCGAGGAAAAGACAAGGGCAUCUCAGAGGAAGAUCAGCGUUUACCCACAAUAGACUUGGAUCUUUCAGACAGUGAUCCCACCCUGGAUUUCGUCACGAAAAUAUCAUCAGGUUCAAUGAAAGAGGCAGAUCAUCCAAUUCUGAAAAAGGCCUUAAAGCACAAGAAACGUUCAGCAAGACGUCACAGUCAGGAAAAGAAGGGAUCUGACAAGGACCAAGAUAAAUCUAAAUUCACUAAACCUGCCUCAACGUCUAAGGUUCCCCCAGACUGCCCCCAUUCCCUGUUUCUAGCGGCAGCCGCCUGCCUCCUUGUGAAAUGUGAAGGUCUGGGAAUCUGGGAGAGCCGCUGUGACAGCUCCCGUGAAAGGGUCAGUGUGGAAGGCAGGUGUGAGGUGGGAGAGCUUCUGGGAGGUUACCUGCAACCCAUUAACCUGCUGCCACCUUGA